AUGCCUGGGACCGGGAAGCCCGUUUGGACCAAAAAGUUCACACUUUCUCAAGGAUGGACUACGCAAAGAAGUCUCUGUGCUUGCUAUCCCCUCGGUCCCUCACCAAGUGUGUGUCAGCCAACACUCCUCAAGCCCGGCCUUACCGAGUCAGCAACUGCGACCGCACCAUCCGCAAGGGGAUCAUGGCCGACAGCCUGAGGGAUCUCCAUGAGAAGGUACGCAGUGCCCUACACUUAGCAGGCAACAUAUCCAUUGUCCUGGAUGAAGAUGGCACCACCGUCGAGACAGAGGAGUUUUUCCAGACUCUGGAGGAUGGGACGGUCUUGCUGGUGUUGACCAAGGGACAGACAUGGCGCCCAGCCAAGACAGCAGGCUACCAGCUCUCCCUGUCCCACAAGCCCCGGCGCAGGAUUGAUGUGGCCUGUGUAACCUUUGACCUCUACAAGACCGACCCUCGGGACUUCAUUGGCUGCCUGAAUGUCAAGGCCACGCUCUAUGGGACGUACAGCAUGUCUUAUGAUGUACAGUGCUAUGGGGCCAAGAGGAUAAUGAUGGAAGCUUUACGCUGGACCCUCUUCACCAUGCAAGCGACGGGUCACGUGUUGCUCGGCACGUCCUGUUACAUGCAGCAGUUGCUGGAUGCCACCGAGGAGCCAAAGGAGGAAAAUGCUUUGCCUCGGUGCCACCUGCAGCCCCCUCCCACCAGGAAGAUGCUGCAGUGAUGGUUGGGGGGAAAUCUCGCCUGCCGCUGACUUUCAUGCUGAGACUUUCGAUAUCCCCUGCACAAUGUAACCACGCAAACUAAGGUGUUGUAGGAAGGAGCACGAACACUCAAGAACCCUGCCUGGCCCUCGGCCAGAAGCUGCUGGGGAUCCGGGAAGUCUCACUGCUGCUGUAUUAUUUAACCACACACUAAUUUAUAUUGUUCUUUAAUGGGAUAUUAUCAUUGCCAUAACUCCCAGGCGGAAGCUGGUUGCCGGGCAGAGCCCAGCCUCCCCUUCACCUCCAUGUAUAUAUUUUAGAUAUGGGAUUUUAGCCUGCAUGGUGUCAAGUCUUGUUCACAUGGGCUUGUCUUGCAUUGUAAAUAAAUAUUGCAUUAAAAAUGAUUUUCUUAAA